AUGGAGGAAGUGCCGGAGGAGGUGCUGGAGGAGGUGAUGAAGGAGGGGCUGGAGGAGGUGAUGGAGGAGGUGAUGGAGGAGGUGAUGGAGGAGGUGAUGAAGGAGGUGAUGGAGGAGGUGAUGGAGGAGGCGAGGAAGGAGGUGAUAGAGGAGGUACUGGAGGAGGUGAUGGAGGAGGUGAUGGAGGAGGUGAUGGAGGAAGUGCUGGAGGAGGUGCUGGAGGAGGUGUUGGAGGAGGUGAUGGAGGAGAUGAUGGAGGAGGUGGUGGAGGAGGUGAUAGAGGAGGUAAUGAAGGAGGUGAUAGAGGAGGGGCUUGAGGAGGUGAUGGAGGAGGUGAUGGAGGAGAUGAUAGAGGAGGUGAUGGAGGAGGUGAUGGAGGAGGUGAUGGAGGAGGUGAUGGAGGAGGUGAUGGAGGAGGUGAUGGAGGGAGGAGUGCUGGAGGAGGUGAUGGAGGAGGUGAGGAGGAGGAGGUGA